AUGUCGCAGGUCCAAUUGAACAAGUCGCUGUUUAGUAAUCGAGUCAAGACAAUCUAUGAUAACUGGAAUGUGGGCUCUCUUUCUACCCGUGCUUCGGUGCAGUUGGCUGAAACAAAAACAUGGCUACUUGGUUACGAAUUUCCUUCGACUUUUAUAUUGUUCCAAAAAGAUAAAGUGUCUAUUCUAUGUUCCGCCAACAAAGCAAAACUAUUGCAACAAGUAAAAGAUUCGGCUAUCGUACCCAUAGAAAUCCUUGCCCAAGCAAAAGCAAAAGAACCUCCGAGCGAUGCAUUUCCUAAAUUUGUUCAACUAUAUACAUCCUGCAAGCGAGUCGGCACUCUCGUAAAGGAAUCACCUUCAGGGAAACUCGUCGCUGAUUGGGAGAAAGCGGUCGGUGAUGCAGAGAACAAGCCUGAGCUUGUGGAUUUGGCCCCUGUCCUGUCUAUUGUAAUGGCAGUGAAAGACGAGGAAGAGCUGAAAUGGACACGGAUAGCAGCCAACCUGACAUCUACGUUACUUCAGCAUCAUAUCGCGGUAAAGCUAGAGAUGAUAUUGGACAGAGAAGCGGUGAUUACACACGAGCAGUUCGCCGCUCAAAUCGAAGCACGGCUAGGAACCGAGGGUACCAAUGGUGGCAGUGGCAAAGGCCCAGAUAUGAAGUUGUGGGGAAAAGGUAGAGGAUUGAAUGAGGUCGAGUGGUUGUCGGCAGAAUUUUGUUACUCCCCUAUUAUUCAGUCACGGUCUACGAAGCAGGGAUACGACUUGAAAUCUACUGCAGUGUCUUCUUCAGAUGCAAUCGCCCAUAAAGGUGUUUUUAUAAUAGCUGUCGGUAUGCGUUAUAAGAGCUACUGUGUCAAUAUGGGUCGGAGUAUCAUCGUUGACCCCUCAAAGGAACAAGAAGCCAUUUACAAUCUCCUUGUAUCGCUGCAAAAUGAUUUACUCGCGCAGAUGAAGGACGGUGUAAUGGCCCGAGACGUUUAUCAAUAUGCCCUGGCACAAGUAAAGGAGAAAAAGCCCGAGUUGGAGAAAAAUUUCGUGAAAAAUGUGGGAUUCGGGAUGGGAGUGGAAUUCCGAGAUUCAGCAUACUUAUUGUCACCAAAGAACUCACGUCGGCUGAAGCCAGAUAUGAUCUUCAACUUAGCCAUCGGGUUUUCUGAUCUCGAAGACGAGAGUGGCAAGAAAUAUGCUCUUCAUCUUGUCGAUACAGUGAGAGUCGGCCAGGACAAAGCCUCACUACUCACGGAUGGAGUCAAAUCUCCCAAGGACACGCUUUUCUUCUUAAAUCUUGACAACGACGAAGAAGACGUCAAGCCUUCCAAAGCCCCUAAAAAGCCACCGGUGAAGCCGAUCACUAAUGGCUCACCUGUGAAGAACAAGACGGUUGGUGGCAAAGUUUUACGGAAUAAAACACGCAGUGCCGCUCAGGAAGAGGUACUAAUGACAACUGCAGCAAAAAUCAAGGAGCAUCAAGUGGAACUUCAUGCACACUUGCAGUCCGAAGGUAUAGCAAAAUAUUCAGAGGAAGGCGGCGGAAGCAGCGGUAAGGAAGGGAAAGGGUGGAAGCGCUUUCAAAGCUAUAAGGGUGAAGCAGCGCUACCGAAAGAGAUUGAUAAUUUGCGGAUCUUUGUUGAUCGUAAAGCGCAGACCAUCAUACUGCCGGUACACGGCUUUGCAGUACCAUUCCAUAUUAGUACCAUCAAGAAUGCCAGCAAAAGUGACGAAGGUGACUUCACCUACCUUCGGAUAAAUUUCCAAACACCCGGUCAGCUUGCUGGAAAAAAAGAAGAUACACCGUUUGAAGAUCCUGACGCUACAUUUAUUCGCUCCGUGACUUACCGUUCGCCAGAUGGGCACCGUUUUGAUACUGUGUGCAAACAAAUAACUGACUUGAAGAAGGAAGUGAACAAACGAGAGCAACAGAAGAAAGAGAUGGCGGACGUCAUUGAGCAAGAUGUGUUGGUAGAGAUCAAAGGCCGAAGACCACACAAAUUACCAGAAGUCUUCGUUCGGCCUGCAUUAGAUGGUAAGCGGCUGCCGGGAGAAGUAGAGAUACAUCAGAAUGGCCUGCGAUAUCAAUCUCCUAUGGGUUCGCAGAAGAUCGAUGUACUCUUCAGCAACGUCAAACAUCUCUUCUUCCAGCCUUGUGAUCGUGAACUAUUGGUGAUUGUUCACGUUCACUUAAAAGCUCCUAUCAUGAUUGGCAAGAAAAAAGCCCAUGACAUACAAUUUUUGCGCGAGGCCUCUGAUGUUCAAUUUGAUGAGACUGGUAACCGAAAACGCAAACAUCGUUAUGGUGAUGAGGACGAAAUCGAGAUGGAACAACAAGAAAGAAGGAGGAGGCAAAUGCUAAACAAAGAAUUCAAACUCUUUGCGGAGAAGGUAGCUGAAGCUGCAUCAACCUCGACUGGAGACGCACUGGAAGUUGAUAUACCAUUUCGAGAACUCUCGUUCGAAGGUGUACCAUUCCGCACUAAUGUUCGUCUUCAACCGACUACGGAGUGCCUCGUCCAUUUGGUGGAUCCUCCGUUCCUAGUGGUUACUUUGAAUGAUAUCGAAAUAGCUUCGUUGGAGCGUGUGCAGUUCACCCUCAAACAGUUCGAUCUCGUCCUUAUCUUCAAGGACUUUACAAAACCUCCUCUGCACAUCAACUCUAUACCUAGCGCUCAGCUCGAUGAUGUUAAGAAUUGGCUAGAUUCCGUCGAUAUUCCGCUCAGCGAGGGACCCGUCAAUUUGAAUUGGGGACCCAUUAUGAAAACGAUCAACGAAAGUCCAUAUGAUUUCUUCCAGCAGGGCGGCUGGAGUUUCCUUGGAGGUGGAGGGAACGAGAGUGAUGCAGAUGAAGGCUCGGACAGCACGUCGGAAUUCGAAGCUGACUCAGAUGAAAUGAUAUCAGAGCAAAGUAGUGACGAAGAGAGCGCAUACGAUGGAUCUGACGCAAGCGCAGACUCUGGCAGUGGAUCCGACUUUGAUGAUGAGAGUGAUGAUGGUGACGAUUGGGAUGAACUCGAAAGAAAGGCGGCUAAAUCUGACCUAAAGCGUGUGGAGGGCAAAAAACCGCAGGACUCUGACGACUCUGACGACGAUCGACCAAAGAAAAAGGCUCCUGCAAAAUCCUCUGGUAAAUCUGCAAAAACAGCGAAGACUAAUGGGAAGGGCAAACGGUGAUUGAGGGGUAAUGUGUAUCAUAUUUCUAGUUUGCAAUAUUUACUAUUUCCGUCCUCUUUUUCUUCCUGUGUAUUAUUGCUAGUAUUCCGUUUGUUUAUCUACAUACAGCCUAUUGCAACUUGAGUUUACGUCCCUCUUGCUUGCCUUCUUGGGCAUUCAACCUUGCUUCCCUCCACAUGUAGGCGCCCGCUAUGGCAGCUCCAGGCCCAAACGCCCCAGUUGCAGUGACAUGCCAUACGAGCAGUACGAUGAGCUGCUUGAGGUUAUCGGCAAACCAGAAAGUGGCCAAUACGCUCGACAUCCCGCCGAAUAUGAGGUCCCAUUGGAUGAAAUCACGAACACCCUGCUCAAAGUUGGCAGUUUCAGGAGAAAGCGGGACUAAGGAAGGUAUAUAAAGGGCUUUAAGGAGUUCGUGAUUUUCGAUAAUUGGCCAAUGCGUGUAGAUAUGGAUAACGGCUGAUGAGACGAAUAUAAGGAUAUAAGUGGCCUGGACGAUUUGGUAUCCUGACUGCGUCAAGCGAGAUGGAGAGCGGACCAGACGGUGCAUGAAGAUGGCGAGUUGCAUGAUCAGCGGGAAGCCUUGCCAGAUAGCUGUGACUAUCGGAUCCUCCAUGACAAACAUACAAGCGGAUGGUAUGAUGAAGCCGACAAUGAAACUAAAGAGCAAAGCUUCUGCGUUUCCCUGGUUGAUCUUUGAGCUACCAGCGCCAGUGUUUCUAUGACGAGUGGCCGCUCCAGUAAAUAUAAACGCUAGCCAGUAAACUGGCAUCACGAUAGCCAUACUCGCUAUUUGAUAGAGAACACCGAAUGCAACUGGGAAGCGAAGAGCGAUAGGAGGCUCGUCACGAGACGCUUCAAGGUAUGGAACGAGAGCAAUGAUAGCUAAACCAGUCAUGAGAUCACCGACGAAGGGGCGGAAGGAGGGAAUCAUGAAGCCAUGGAAGAACGUGACUAGUCCGCAAAGUAGAUGGUCAACAUCAACGAAACCGGUGUAUAGCAAUCGGUAAGGUGAAGAGUUUGCGUCGAUGGCAGCAUGGCAGAGGGUUUGCGAUGUUUGCAUUGCACCAGAAGAAGCGAAGUUGCUGAAAACCGUGCGGAUUGCUGCAUAACUGAUGGCAGGGAAUAUAACAAGAGGUAGGAG